UCAGAGUCCUCGCGUGUAGAAGCGACUGAGGAGCUCACGUUCAUCGGCUUCUUCGAGAAACCGUCAAAGAAAGGAUGCUACUUUGAAUGACACUUGCAACAAGCAUGAUCUCGAACGGAAAGCAAACGGUGGAAGAAGCCGAUCAACCAGAAGCUUCACAUCAAGAAAACAAACAGUUCGAUCCAACCCUCCAUGGGAACUAAUCAAGCAAAGUAAAGGAUUAGCUUCUUCGUAAAUGAAGUGAAAUCCAUGUCCCAAGUGCCACUCCAAAGAAACGCAACUGAAGGUGAUCCCGCCCUAAUCACAGACAAACCCCAUUCCAAGAUCAAGAACCAAGGAAGGAAGCCAAUUCAAGAAACGGUUGAGAGAUCGGAUUUACCGAAGAAACCGAUGAACGUGAUCUCCUCAGCCGCUUCUACACGCGAGGACUCUGAUCGGGAGAGCCGCGAUCUGGCAAGCAACAGCACAUAUGGAAACAACAGUAGCAAUGCAAAACUUUGUGGCAUCAUAUUUUGCUGCGUCUAGCUGUGCCCUUAUUGCAAAGGAUUUCCUGGAAAAUUUACAAAGAUAAACCAAAUUUAGACAUACUAAAUCAAAAACUACGGACAGAAUUAUCAGUAAUUUUUUUUCUCCUUGAUCUAGGAAACUUACCCUGUCGAGUUUGGUAAUAAGUUCUGUGGUUUCUGCACUUUGUUCCCUGUCGAGUUUGGUAAUAAGUUCUGUGGUUUCUGCACUUUGUUCCGUUAACUCGUCACGUAACUUGUCACGAAUAGAACUUCCAAAAGAUCAUUUAUGGUCCAUCACCUUCCUUGUUAACAUUUGCAGGAAUAUGACCAGCAGUUGAAGUUCUUCUGUCCGCCAAUAUCUGCAAUAAAUUUCACAUGGAUGCUAACGAACUUUCUCCACCCGUUCCCAUAGCAGAUUUUUAUUGAUUUACCAAAGUAAUCAAUUUUCUUUUCUUCGCUGAAGCCUUUUAAGUUUCUCAUUUGCUUUCAUUUUGUCAGGUACAUGUAAAUCAUAGUAUGUAGGGUUAGAAUUGGACCUAUUUGAAUCAGAUUAUUUAAUCCUCAGCAUUCCUAAGGAGUUUGGUGUCCACUAAACCUAGUGUCUUCUCUGGAAUCAAGUUUGUAGAUUCUAUGCAAUGGAGUGUGUUUUGAUUAUAUUGUAAAUGUCAUUAUUUGAGGAGUAUGCAUAAAAGAGAAUAAACAUGUAAAUAGGAAAGCAAGCUCAAAUAGGAUGAGAGAAAUCAGAAGCUUCCAUACGUGAUGAAACAAAAGAACAAAGCAUAUUAUGUUUAUUAGCACAAUAACAGAUGUUUCAACUCAAACACAUGGAAUUAAUUUUCAGUCCUUAAUAGUCAAAGAUGGUUUGAGCACUUUUGCUUAUAUUGGUUAUCAGUGAUAUUUGUUUUGCUUUGGGCAAUUGCUUCUUCUACAGCUGGCUUUUUUACUUGCGCAUUAUAUUAUCCAGAUUUGUGAAGGUUAUGUAUGUGAGCCAAAGUACACUUUAGCCGGUGAUCCUUAUCAUCUGAUACUUCCUGGUCACGUUUGUUUUGUUGUUCUCCAAACAAAUCGUGCAAAGACUUGCUUUCUACUGUCAUCUGAUACUUCCAGGUCACUUUAGUGCAUUGCGUUGGUCUUAUCCACUAAGAAAGCACAAAUUUCCUUAACUUGUUUUGUAUGUGUAAGUGGAGGUCGGGCCAAUGGGGAUAUGGGUUCCUUAAUUGGAGGAUGCUGAUAACCUAAAUCCUACUUGAUAUCUUACACGUGCGACCACGCCAAGGGGGACUCGAAGCCAACUCAAACCCUUCUCUUCGCGGCCUAAGCAACGGGAAGAAGAAAGGCGUCGAUAGCGGACGCGACAAAAUCAUUCCUUUUUUCGUUUUCAUCCCCGUCGAUCUCGAAUCGGACCGACGAGUUCUCACUUCGCGAUCCAGAUGUCUGCCGCGGCUAUCGCCUGCAGUAGAGGCGCCGCCGCGUUAGGGUUUCGUUGCAGGUCGCUGAUGCGGCUGCCGGCGGCGGAAGUCGGGUGCCCUCGGUCCAAUUUGUCGCUGCUGCAGGGCUUCUCUUCGCAACUCGCUAAGAGCAACGGGAGUAGGGCUUGCCUUAUCGACACGCUCGCUCUGGUCAGGAGGUUGGAGAAGGAAGGCGUCCCGACGAAGCAAGCGGAGGCCAUCACAUCGACCAUCACGGAGGUUUUGAAUGAGAGCUUGGAGAAUGUCGCCCAGUCCUUUGUGUCCAAGCCUGAGAUGCAGAGGAGUGAGAUGAUUCAAGAUUCUAAUCUCUCAAAAUUCAAGUUGGAAAUGAAGGGCUCGCAGGAUCAUCACUUUGCAUUGCUGCAACGAGAGACUGAAAAACUUCGAGUUGAUAUCGAUAAAAUGCGUAGUGAACUUAGAUAUGAAAUUGACAAGGUAACCGCUGGGCAGCGCUUGGAUCUAAACCUCGAGAGAGGGCGCAUACGUGACGAGUUAGCCAAACAAAGUGCAGAAACCACAGAACUUACUACCAAACUCGACAGGGAAAUCCAUGCAUUAAGGGCACAGUUAGAGGCAGCAAAAUACGAUGUCAUAAAGUAUUGCGUUGGUACUCUUGUUUCCAUAUCUGCUGUUGGUCUAGCUGUAGUGCGCAUUCUGAUGUAAAAGCCAUUCUUCCCUUUGGCAAAUUAGAUGUAAUAGCCUUUUGGCAACUUUGAAUUUCCAUCAUUCUUAUUAAUAUUGUUUUGAUGAAGCAAA